CCGCCCCCGCCCCCCCCCCUCCCCGCGGUUUUUGCUUCUGCCACUCCAUGUCUCAAUCUUCUCCUUUCUUUUCCAUUGCCCCCGCACAUGCUGGAGCAGGAGGGCAAGCUGCGGCUGCCGCUCUCCUGCUCCGUUGCCCUGCCGCUCAGCUGCCACCUGCCAUUCACUGCUUCCGUCUGGCUAAAGUGUCGCCUGCCAAGACACUGAGCUCGCACCUGGUGCUUCCGCGCGCCACACUCUCCUCCUUUGCAAACGCUGACGAUGGCUCCGGUGCAAACUCAGAUGCCUCGGGGGAGCAGAGCGGAGGAUCCGAACUGUCAGAGAUGGCAAAGGCAUUCCAUAUUUCACCACGGAUGGCCAUGUCAAUCUCUGUGGUGAUUGCAUUUGCAGCUCUCACUGUUCCCCUGGCCAUGCGCUCACUGCUCUUCCAUGGGACGACCAAGAUGAAGGUGCUGGCAUAUCUGACCCUCUUGUCAGGAUUCUACAUGGCAUGGAACAUUGGAGCCAAUGAUGUGGCAAAUGCCAUGGGGACGUCGGUCGGAUCUGGGGCUUUGACUCUCCGGCAGGCAGUGCUGACUGCAGCUGUGCUAGAGUUCUCUGGUGCAUUCCUUAUGGGCACCCAUGUCACCAGCACCAUGCAGAAGGGCAUCCUCGUCACAUCCGUCUUCCAAGGAAAUGAUUCUCUGCUCUUUGCUGGAUUGCUGUCCUCCCUCGCUGCUGCUGGUACAUGGUUGCAGGUUGCUUCCUCUUAUGGCUGGCCUGUGUCAACUACCCAUUGUAUUGUUGGGGCUAUGGUUGGUUUUGGGCUGGUAUAUGGAGGGGUCAAUGCAGUUUUCUGGAGCUCCUUGGCUAGAGUAUCUUCAUCAUGGCUUAUUUCUCCUCUGAUGGGUGCUGCAGUCUCAUUUCUUGUUUACAAGUGCAUACGCAGGUUCGUGUACAGCGCACCAAAUCCAGGUCAAGCUGCAGCUGCUUCUGCACCUAUUGCAGUUUUUACUGGUGUCACUGCAAUCUCGUUUGCCGCUUUCCCUCUCAGCAAGACAUUUUCCAUUGCCGUUCUGCAAGCAUUAGUAUGUGGGGCAAUAGGAGCUGUCUUUGUUAGCAGGGCAAUCAAAAAACAGCUUGGUGAUCUACUGUCUUCGGAAGCAGAAAAGAUAGCAACAGCUGACAAUACAGAUGUUCAGCAAGGUGGAUUUGACGUCGCUGGCCCUAGAGGAGCUCAACUGCAGAUUGUCUACGGCGUAUUUGGCUACAUGCAGGUCCUGUCAGCAUGCUUCAUGUCAUUCGCUCAUGGAGGCAAUGAUGUCUCCAAUGCCAUAGGGCCUCUGGCCGCAGCUUUGUCUCUUCUUCAAGGCGUAGCAAGCAGCGCUGAGAUAGUCAUACCGACUGAAGUCCUUGCUUGGGGUGGUUUUGGAAUUGUCGCAGGGCUUACAAUGUGGGGUUAUAGAGUCAUAGCAACAAUUGGCAAGAAAAUCACCGAAUUAACACCCACAAGGGGGUUCGCAGCAGAGUUUGCGGCCGCUUCUGUGGUCUUGUUUGCAUCUAAGCUUGGGUUGCCAAUAUCUGCUACACAUACACUUGUUGGUGCAGUGAUGGGUGUAGGAUUUGCAAGAGGUCUCAACAGAGUCAGAGCAGAGACUGUUCGUGAAAUUGUGGUCUCCUGGGUGGUCACAAUUCCAGUUGGUGCUUUGCUAUCAGUCAUCUAUACAUUAAUCUUGACCAAGAUUCUGAAAUACUUUAUGUGAGUGCUUUGUGAGAUACAGUUGCUGUUUUGAGAGGUCCAGCCGUUGUCCCUAAAUUUUUUAUGCUGUAAAAGAAUGUGUAACAGUGAAUAGAUGAGCCAGUUCCGGGAGUUUCCAGCAGAGAAAUUGAAAAGAUUUGUCAGAGAAAAUAAUCAUUUUCCUGGCAACAAAACAUGAUUAGGAUAAAGGGUUUACGGUAAAUAAUCAUGUUUGAGACUCCCAGCUUCUUCAUCUUUUAUCUCUAAUGUACCACCUAUCUGACUAUAUCUUUAUAUUUUCUUCCAGAAGGUGGAAUAUUUCAAUUUCUUGUAGAGAUAUGAUUAAUUGAUCAUACAUAAUAGACAAUGGUUCGUCUCACUACCCUUGUAAUUAUGCCACAUUGACGAUAUUGCUGUUUCAGCGCCACUAUAAAUGUGAAUCUUUUUCUUUUCUUU